CGAGGCACACUCACCCCUCCACACUUGGGCCGCGGUGGUACGGUCCGACCAGAACAAUGGCGGGGGGGAAACGACGACGCCUAACAUACCCCGCUACCAAGGCCGCGGUGGUACAGUCCAGACUAAGGCAGUGGGCGGGGAACGCUGACGCCCAACACAACCGUCCCCUCCCCCCAACCUGAGCCGCAGUCCUACGGUCCGAACCGGAACAAAGGGCGGGGAACGCUGACGCUCGAUACACCUCCCCCAACCUGGGCCGCGGUGGUACGGUCCGGACUAGGACAGUGGGCGGGAGAUGCCGUCCCCAGUCACACCCCCUCCCGCCUGGGCCCCCCUCCGCCUGGGCCGCGAUGGUAGGGUCCGGACUAAAACAAUGGUCGAAGGUCCCCGUCGCCAAGCAGCGCGACUGCGUUUCCAGUUCCGACUCGGCGGCCGGGAAGCCCUGGGGCGCGGGACCUCGAGGAGCGCGGGUCGCGCCGCCACAGGGGCCGCUGUCGGCUCUGGGAGCGUCGCUUCCGGCGCGUCGCUUCCGGCCGGUUGCGGGCACCUCCGUCUGAGGCGCGGCCCGCCCCCGGCCCGGCGGCCGCGUAGAGCGGGGCGGAGGGACAAUGGCCGCCCCACGGUGAGGCGCUGCCCGCCCGGCCUCCGCUCCACACGGGACGGAGGGCUCUGCGCGGGCCUUCCUUCCGCGAUGCGGCCUCUCCUACACCCCAGCCUCACGCCGAGCCCUCGGGCCGUGGGAGCCCACCCUCCGCGGCCACCAGGCCCCGUGCCGGGCGCGCCCCGGCCAGCAGCAGGCGGCCCCGGUCGUUUCCCCGGAGGCCGCCCUCUCCGACGCGCGGUCCGCGGCCCACUUUAAACGCCGCGCGGCCUUAAGGCCCCGAUGUGAGGCGGGGUCGCCCGGUGUCGAGAAGGCGCCGCGCCCCCCACCCGCCCUGCCCGGAGACCUCGCCCCCUCGGCGCUCCCCGAAGUCGGGCGGCCCACGUAGUGGGGUGGGCGCCCUGUCCACGGCUGCGAGCGGCCUGCGCGGUCGCCGAUGCUCGGCGCUCUCCCACCCCCGGCUGUGCACGGAGACCCCGCGCUGGCUGUCUUCCCGCGGCCCCGCUGCGACCGGACAAGAACUGCUUCUCUCUGAAAGCUCCUCGAGUCGCGUGGUUUAAGAAAGAAGAACAGGCCGUGGAAACACGAACUGGAGUCCAGGAAGGCAUCUGUGACCCCACCAGGACUUGGAAACUUGUAGACUUGCAGAAGAAAAAACUUUACCUGUGUACCCAUCUCCUAGCCCCUCCCGCUGACGUCUUACAUGAGCUUAGUUCGAUUUACUUGAGCCUGCGUCCCCUGGCGAGGGGCGAGUGACGGCCACCACUCCCCGGGUGGUGCAGGCCUUCACCCGGGAGCCAGCCCGACCCAUGCUGCCCACGGUCCGGAGGAGACAAGCAUGUCAGCCUCAGCGAAACCCUCGGCGCCGGCAGAGCUGGCCCCUGGCCCCGAGGACCAGCCCAAGGGGAAGCCGCUCCUCGGCUGGGGCUCUCUCUUCAGCCCCCGCAGCGAGAAGAUUGUUUUCAGCAGGAGCGAGGGCGCCCCCGAGGAGAACGUGCUCACCAUCACCAUCACGGAGACCACGGUCAUCGAGUCGGACCUGGGCGUGUGGAGCUCCCGGGCUCUGCUCUACCUGACGCUGUGGUUCUUCUUCAGCUUCUGCACCCUCUUUCUCAACAAGUACAUCCUGUCCCUGCUGGAAGGGGAGCCCAGCAUGCUAGGUGCUGUGCAAAUGUUGUCAACUACGUUUAUUGGAUGCAUUAAAAUAUUUGUUCCUUGCUGUUUAUAUCAACACAAAACCCGGCUUUCUUAUCCCCCCAAUUUCAUCAUGAUCAUGCUGUUUGUGGGUCUGAUGAGGUUUGCGACGGUGGUUUUGGGUCUGGUCAGCCUGAAAAACGUGGCGGUUUCGUUUGCUGAAACAGUGAAGAGCUCUGCUCCCAUUUUCACCGUGAUUAUGUCCCGGAUGAUCCUCGGGGAGCACACAGGGCUGCUGGUCAACCUCUCGCUCAUCCCCGUCAUGGGAGGCCUGGCACUGUGCACGGCAACGGAGAUAAGCUUCAACGUCUUGGGGUUUUCGGCCGCGCUGUCCACCAACAUCAUGGACUGUUUGCAAAAUGUUUUUUCAAAAAAGCUCCUCAGCGGGGACAAAUACAGGUUCUCGGCCGCGGAGCUCCAGUUCUACACCAGCGCGGCGGCCGUGGCCAUGCUGGUCCCCGCCUGGAUCUUCUUCAUGGACUUGCCGGUGAUCGGGAGAAGUGGGAAGAGCUUCAGUUACAGUCAGGAUGUCGUGUUGCUGCUGAUGAUGGACGGCGUCCUGUUCCACCUGCAGAGUGUCACGGCCUAUGCCCUCAUGGGCAAAAUCUCCCCCGUCACUUUCAGUGUCGCCAGCACCGUGAAGCACGCCUUAUCCAUCUGGCUCAGUAUUAUAGUGUUUGGCAACAGAGUCACCAGCCUGUCAGCCAUCGGCACCGUCCUAGUGACGGCUGGCGUCCUGCUCUACAACAAAGCCAAGCAGCGCCAGCGGGAGGCCAUGCAGAGCCUGGCUGUGGCCGCCAGCCCAACGCCAGAGGACGAAGCGGAGCCACUGACCCCCAAGGACCCCAGACCACACCACUGAGCUCUGGAAGCUGCGGCAGGUGGCCAGGGCCCCCAAGCCGCUGCCCACUGCUGCUGUCCCCCUCACCGAUGCAGACACCCGGCCUCCUUGGGUCAGUGGGGUGCAGGAGGCCAUGGGACGGGCCGCCUUCGCUGCUCCCAUUUCAGGUUUUCAGUGAAAACCAACGGGAGCUUGAACGGGGAUCCCAGAUGUCCGCUUCCUGGGGUGGAGACCGGAGCCAGCUGCUGCUGAGCCACGGCCAGACAAUGUGAAAUCUGCCUCCUGCUGACCCUGUGCUGAGCACUCGCAAGGGGGCGGGACUUCCAGAUGGCCUCUGCACCCCCAUCACCAGCUUGCAGGUCUGGUUGCAGUUAGGCCACGCCCUCGUUCUCUGUGUGUGACUGCUACUGGGGACCCCUGUGAAGUGACAGCUGGAUCCGGGUGCCAGCGCGCGCCGCUCCCCGCUGCUCGGUGCCAGCACAGAGAGCUCAGCUCCCCCUGCUUGCCGUCAAAGGCCCGUGAAGGCACACUCUGCUCCUGGGCCAUCUGGGGAGUCUGUCCUGCUGAGAGAGGGCCAAGGCGCCCACGGCCUGGGCCGGAGGCCACAGCAGCUGAGUGCACAGGGCUAGUAGAGUGGGAAGGGAUCAGACGGGCACAGAAAUGAGGGUCCCUGCUCCUGUGGGCAGGAUGUUGGGCCCUUGCCUUCCUGCCCCAGAGCUGCCAGCAUCCAGCACCACUUAGGGAAAGGUGCCCCGCCCCUUUCAGGGUCUCCACCGCAUUAGGCCCUCCACCUCCCGAGAGUCCCAACCCUCACCUGUGGCUGGCGCUUCAGUCAGGGACCCCCGAUGUGGUGAUGGCUGGUCACAGAGGUAGAGGACAGACAUCUGUAGUGUUUAACUCAGGAUGGGGACAUACUGACCUUCCCUUUUGUUUUCUGGGCCUUUGUGUGUAACAGAGGCAGUUCGGAAGGGUUCCCUGCAGGUGCCCCUGCCGUCACUCACCUGGUCGGGAGCCACGCCAUAUUUUGUCUCAAGCACAAGGGUGUUAAGGUUUUCUCUCAUGAAUGAAUGAGCAGGUGGAGUGCUGGGAAGAUCUUUUGGAGUGUUUAUGGCUUUUGUCACACUGCAUUUAAAAUGACUGCGAAGGUGUUAAAGAAGAAAACCCAGGCACGGGUGGCUUCUGGAAAGCACCCUGUACGGCAAGUAACCCGUACUGAACCCACAGCCUGGCUCAGCCUGGCUCUCCCCUCCCAGAGCGAUGGACCCACCACGCUGGGUAUCUGAGCCCUGUGUCGGGUUGAGGCUCCUGACCUCUUCACCCUAUUCCUCAUCCCACAUCCUGGUGGGGUUUCUGAUCGGGGCACGUCCGCUGCCAGCCAGGCUUUAAUACCUCUCCGUGGCACCAGGUUCAAGCUCUGGGGUGUGUCAUGUGCAGCCCGACACAGGAUGAGGUUGGCCACACGGCUGAGGCCUGCCUGCUGCAGCUGAGUGAACCAGCUGACAGGAGCGCUUCAGGCACUGGUGGUUCCCUCAUCUGAUUUCCCCUCCCUGUCGUUCAGGUCCUUGGUUCCCAUUACCUUUUCACUGGUUUUCCAGUUGACUGGUCACCUGGAAAAUAUAUUAAAAAAGGCCCUCCUGGAGAUCAAAUCUCUUGGAAACAAAGAGCAAUAAUAAGUCUCAUUAAGUUCUGCCUACUUGAAAAAGUUUGCCAUGAUGAUGGGUUAAACUGAGGCCUUUAAAACUGUAAGCUUUUUAUGAAGCUGACUUCCUAUGUCCAGAGCACAGGCAGGGGUGUGCUCGCCCGCACGCUACGCUCACCUCCACUGUGAAGACGUUUCUCCUGAGACUUUCCCCAGGUUUCUAUCCCUUCCUCUCUCCUUCCUCCACAAAAAACACCGAAGAGUACUUGCUGGAGGCAGCUUGGGCAGCGGGAUGUGCUGGGUCUGUGAGGCCCAGUGGGAAAGGACGGCUUCCAGAGGGCCCUGCCUCUGCCCUUGACAGUGUGGCUGCUGUGGCCGGCUGUGGCCAGCUGCUGACAAGAUGUGAGCAGAGAAGGAGACACGUCUGCGGUCAUCCUGUUGCAAGAUUGUCACGUUGGCCUUCUCAAAGACGUCCUCAUCCGAGUAACCAGGUAGGCGGCACCUGCUUCUGAGCCUCGUUAGGGACCCGGGUCCGAGUCUCCUCUGGAACCAGCGCCCUGCACACCACAUGUGCCCCGCCUCCUGUCACAAGUGGUUUUCUGCCGGUUUUGAUUUUCCAUAUUCUUGGACCAGAAACAAAAUGAAGAUUUCGCCAAAUUAUUAGUAAAUGAGGUAAUGUCCAACAAAGCUGCUUUUGAAACAUUUCCUAAGAACCCAGGCUGUGGCCAGCACUGCCCGUGCCUGGGGCUUACAUUCCUUCUUUGUAUGGUCUCCACCCUGAAGCCGUCCAUGUCCUGCAUGUCCGGGACAACCCUGCCAGGAGACAAAACAUGGCCUGUCGUGGCCGUUUGUUUAAUGAAUGUACAGACAUACGUUUUUUAUUAACUUUGUGUAGUAGUGUUUAUAGUAUGUUUAUAAUACAUUGCAAACAUGCUUGUGUCAUUGUCGUCACUUACACGGGUCAUUUCCUAUGUCCAUGGUCAUUGUCUGUGCCUUUGUAAAGAAACACUUCAAACAGGUGUCAGGUCGGGUUGGGUCGAUACCUUACCUACGUUGAUACUUCUAAAUAUACAUGUAUCUGACUUUCAAGGAAACUUCCACUAUGAGUGGCAUAAAAACCUUGGGGUUUUUUUGUUUUUUUUUUUUUUUUCGACAGUCACAGUUGCAUGUCAUCAUUAAAAUAAUCUGCCCUGGAAAGCUGAGAAUAUUCUUGCACAAUCCAAAAAUGUGUCUUUAAUUUGAGAAAAAUAGGCAUGGUGAAUCCAAAGCGGUAAAAUGCUGCACAAAGAGUAUCGAACGAAGUUGUGCUCGUAGCCCAUGCUGGAGAUUCUUUUCCCAAAACCAGUGGGUUUUUGCUUGUGAACGGUCACUUGGACAGACCAGUAGGUUUGACAGACGCAUAUCAUGGCUUUUUACAUCUGUCUGAGUGUCGUGCUUUCCUAAGGCCUGGAGCAUUUUCCGUUUCCCUGGGUUGGAAAAAUUAAUCAAGGACGCUACUGCAGAUAGAAUUCUUUUGCCUUUGACCGUCAUACUAAGGGCUUUAUUCUUUCAUAAAAUCCGUACAUGCUCUGGCUGAGGCGUCUUCAUUUCCUUAGUUUACAACUAAAAAUGUCCCAGCCCCCCUGGUGAAUCUGCCUGUUUCCCUGUGUCCUGGCUCGUGAGCCAAGAGCAGAGGUGACGUUGUGCUGACCACCCUCCGGCUCAGGUGGAAAACCUUUGAUUUUGCUGUCCUUGAAGAGUUUCUUCCAGUUUUCCUGAGGGUUCUGAUUCUGAGUUUGAUGGCCACUGGAUCCAUGCCCAGAUUUCCAAACAGCUGGAAACUGUCCUAACUGGUAGAAUCUUUCGUUGUCUUCUUUGUUUUGUUUUCAUUUGAGUAAAACCUGCAUUCACCUGAUUGGCCAUUUCUAGUCUUUGCAGAUGUGUGAGUGGAGUCUGAACCUGCCCAGGGGGUGUUGUGGGACCCAUGAGGAGGGCCACAGUCACGGUGACUUUCCCACACUGAAAAACUUGAAAAUCCUAUCAGUAAUUGUCUACAUCAGAACCAAGUGAGAUCUGCUUCAUACCAAACAGAACUGUGGACAACUGAAAGCGCAUUGUACAAGAUGUGUAUCGUGUUCUUGUAUUUCACCUAAUUCAGUAUUCGAGUGACUACAUCAGUACUUUCUAGAAAGUGGUUCUAUUAAAUAAUUUAGUGAGUCACUGUUAAAUCUACUGUGGUAAUAAACUGAUGCCUCUUGGCUCUUUUUGUCCAAAUUAAGCCACUUGGUAGCAACUACCUAGGACUCUGGUUCUCUCAAAAUACAAUAAAUGUUAACAGUGCC